AUGGCUUUGUUCCUUGACAUGUUGGUAGUUUUCAUCCUGCAUGUGAGCACCGACGCACAAGUAAAAGUUGAACAAAAUGUGAGGAUGCAGAAGUUUACUGUUAUCAUUGUGUUCAUACAUUUGCUGCAAAUGUUAUAUAUUUUAGGUCAUGCCCCCAAAUGUCCUCUCUUUAAAGUUCAGAGAGGGACUGUCUAUAAAGCCUUCAUAAACAAGCCUUUGAAGAUCUCCUGCAAUCUGAUGUAUUGUGAUGAACAGACAAUCAAUGUGACAUGGACAAAAGAAAACUUGAAAGAUUGGAUUCCAGUAUAUAAAGCAGAUCAAAUGUCAACAUCACAGAACUAUUCAUCAUCCGAUCCAAAGAUACUGUCUUCAUAUUUAACUUUCACAGACAUAUCAAAGCAUCAUGGCGGUCUGUACCGAUGUGAACUGAAGUUCUCAAACUUCUCUACAGUUAGCCAUCAUAUUAAUAUUUCUGUCUCAGAUGAUAUGCUGGAAGAUGAAAUGCCUUGCACUGACAUGACUGCAGUAAGAGAAAACACUGAUUGCAGCUCUGAUUCAGGUCCAUGGUGGCUGCCGUAUCUCUUUAUCUGUUUGGGUGUAGUGAUUCUGGUUGUCAUAGUAAUGCUCAUCUCCAUCCUGUGUAUUAAUGGAUUUAAAAGUUCGAGAAGAAAGAACGCACAGAGAUCGCAGGUUCAGUAUACAGCAACAUCUGUCUGGUCGUCGCCAAGCCCCAGUGUUCUGAAGCGUGAUGAAUUUGUCUGUGUCCAGUACUCAGAAGAAUCUCGUGACAGCAACACAUGCAAUUUAACGUUACCACCUGGACAGUCUACAUCAUAUGUGUCAGAUUGUAGUGAUGAUCCUUUGUCUAAGAGGAGAGAAAGCAGAUCAAGCCAGGUUGUAUAUGCAUCUCUGCAUCACCUCACACCAACACCAUCAUCUGCUACACCCCGUCAGACACAGGAGGAGUUAUCAGAAUAUGCAUCAAUCCGGGUCUCCUGAUUUUCUGUCUGCGGGUAAUGCAUAACCAGGCAAAGUUAACAACAUUUUCAAGUCUCCAAACUUAAAGAGUGAGGCAGUUUUGUGAAACCGUACAGUACUGUUAGUGUUAAUAUUCUGUCUACCAGGAAGCAGGAGAUGUAUGCAUGUUUUCACACUGCACAGUACAAAUCAUCACAUGGUUUACCUCAUUACAUCACGGAAAAUCGUUGCUGUGAGUUCGGUGAGGUUUCUAUAAAUGAAACUCAAACCAGUAAUCACAUGUGUCUGAUGCAAAACAUCCAUAUACUGAGGACUAGUCUAAGCGUUAAAACGUACAAAUUAAUGUUUCCGAGAAUGAAGAUAGAUUUUUACAAUACUAUUGGUGUUCCAGCUAAAUUAGUUAUUGCUAGUAAAGAAGCUGAGAAGUACAGUAAUAGAUGAUAGGUUAAAAUGGGUGGAAAAUGCAAAUCUUGUUUGCACAUAAGUGAUUAUAUUCCCUUUAUAAGCCUUUUUGAUGUGGACAAAUGUAUACUGGUAAUGUUUUAAAGAUUUUUUAUUGAAUCUGUUUUAACUUUUUGUUGGUUUUAUGGAUUAAAAAAUUAAUCACAGCUGCAGGGAGUUAACCUAGCGUCAAAUAUCAUAGGCUCUGUACGUUUAACCCUUUCAUGCAUGGCGUUCACUACAGUGGAUAGAUAUGUAACUCCCUCAAAAUAAAAUAUACUGAAAAAAAAAAACAGUUAUUUGCAGGUUGGUUAUGUAUACCGAGCCACCAAGUGGAGGACUGUAAAUGCUUCUAGAUGUUUUGUUUUAAAUGCAGUUUUGAUCAUAAAUACUUAUUGAAGCACAAAGAUACAGGUGCAUUUAGAUUCUUUACAUCUUAAAUACAUGAGGAAAUGCUGUAUUGCUAAUGCCUGGGUUUGUGUAUGUUGUGAUGGUAUAUAUUAUUUGUUGCUUUGUUUAUCAAUGUUGAUGCUUCAGAAAUUGCCCAUGAAGGUACAAC